CAGUUGAGUUAAAAGAAACUUUUUUUUUUUCUUUUUGUAACUCAACUAAAAAGUGGAAUUAUUAGUCAGGUGAUCCAAAAGGAACAGCAGAGUAGUAUGCCCAUUACUUCACAGGUUGUAGAGGGCCUUGAUAAUAAUUCAAUUUGAGAUAAUAAUUCCAAGUAUCUCCAUGUGGAAUUCUUCCUUUUUACUAGCUAGCUAGCUCACUCCAGCUUAUCUUGUUCUCCCUCUUUUUUCUUUGCUCUCUUUAUUUGAACUGUGUCACUUUCCUCACACAACUCUACUGUGGAUUUGAGAGCUGUAUUCCUCUCCGAUAUAGUGAAUUUCUCUCCUCCUUUGCUCGUGGUUUUUUCCGUCGAGAAUUUCCACGUAAAUCUCUUCUCACCAUGUGGGAAUCAGAGACUGAGUCUGUCAGUGGAAGAGGACUUCUCAGCUCCAGCAAACAUGGGGUGAAGACUGAUGGUUUUGAGCAACAAGGACAGUCUUGGUAUGUAGCAACUGAUAUUCCCAGUGACCUUUUAGUUCACAUUGGAGAUGUUAGUUUCCACUUACACAAGUAUCCGUUGCUUUCGAGAAGUGGAAAGAUGAACAGAAUGAUAUAUGAAUCAAGGGAUGAAGAAUUGAGCAAAGUAAGUUUAGAUGACUUACCAGGUGGAUCUGAGGCAUUUGAGUUAGCAGCAAAAUUCUGCUAUGGAAUUGCUGUUGAUCUCACAGCAACCAAUAUCUCCAGUUUACGAUGCGCAGCAGAGUACCUAGAAAUGACUGAGGACUUAGAAGAGGGCAACCUAAUAUUCAAAACUGAAGCUUUUCUUAGUUAUGUAGUUUUAUCAUCAUGGAGGGACUCCAUACUGGUAUUGAAGAGUUGUGAAAGGUUAUCACCAUGGGCAGAAAACCUCCAAAUUGUUCGAAGAUGCAGCGAGUCAAUUGCAUGGAAAGCGUGCGCCAAUCCAAAAGGAAUAAAAUGGCAAUACACUGGCAAACCCUCUAGUGUUUCCAGCCCUAAAUGGAAUGAAAUGAAGGAUUCGAGCCCGAGCAGAAACCAGCAAGUACCCCCUGACUGGUGGUUUGAAGAUGUCUCUACUCUCAGAAUUGAUCACUUUGUCAGAGUUAUUACUGCUAUUAAGGUAAAGGGAAUGAGACAUGAACUGAUUGGUGCUGUCGUUAUGCACUAUGCUGCUAGAUGGCUCCCGGGGCUAAUUAAAGAAGAAUCGGGAUCAUUGGACGAAGGUAGCAAUAGCAGUAAUAGUAAUGGCAUUAGCAGCAGUAGUUGGAAAGGAGGUCUUCAUAUGAUAGUUUCAGGAUCUAGAGAUCAAGUAACAAGUGUUCAAGCCAAAGAUCAAAGGAUGAUUAUCGAAAGCCUAAUUAGCAUAAUUCCACAGCACAAGGACAAUGUUUCGUGUAGCUUCCUUCUUCGCCUUUUGAGAAUGGCAAACCUGCUGAAAGUUGCUCCUGCACUUGUAACAGAAUUGGAGAAACGAGUUGGGAUGCAAUUUGAGCAGGCUACAUUAGCCGAUCUACUCAUACCAUCCUACAAUAAAAGCGAUACAUUGUAUGAUGUGGAUCUUGUUCAGAGGCUUUUGGAACAUUUCUUAGUUCAAGAGCAAACAGAAAGUUCAAGCCCUAGUAGAAGUUCGUUUUCUGAUAAAAAUAUGCAUGAUUCAAAUCAAAGGGGUACUAAUCUCAAUGCCAAGAUGAGAGUAGCAAGGCUUGUCGACAGUUACCUAACAGAAGUAUCCAGAGAUAGAAAUCUUUCCUUGACAAAUUUUCAGGUCUUGGCCGAGGCUUUGCCAGAAUCAGCAAGAACUUGUGAUGAUGGAUUGUAUCGAGCAAUUGAUUCAUAUCUUAAGGCCCAUCCAACUCUCUCAGAACACGAAAGAAAGCGGCUCUGCAGGGUGAUGGAUUGCCAAAAACUCUCUAUUGAUGCUUGCAUGCAUGCUGCUCAGAACGAAAGGCUUCCACUAAGAGUAGUGGUGCAAGUCCUCUUUUCUGAGCAGGUGAAGAUCAGCAAUGCAAUAUCCAGAAGCUCACUCAAAGAUGCAGGAGAUUCUCAUUAUCAACCCCUAGCAGUAUCAAACCGCAAAUCAUUGCUCGAAGCAACACCGCAAUCAUUUCAAGAGGGAUGGACUACAGCCAAAAAAGAUAUCAACACUCUAAAGUUUGAACUGGAGACUGUGAAAGCUAAGUACCUACAACUCCAGAAUGACAUGGAUAACUUACACAGACAGUUAGAUAAGAUCACUAAACCAAAACAAGCCUCGGGUUGGACUGCAGGUUGGAAAAAGUUAGGCAAGCUAACCAAGAUGACUAAUUUAGAAUCCAAUGAUAGCAGUCCUCAUGCCCCAAAUACAGAACACACAAGGAAGACCCCCAGAAGAUGGAGAAAUUCCAUUUCCUGAUUAAUCCAAAUGUUACAAGAGAACAAGACUACUGACUACCAGAUACACGAUACGAACUGUGUUCCCAUGUGUUUGAAUUUCUCAUUUCCUUUCCUAUCUAAGAGGCCUCUGGCAGAAAUGCAAGGUAAGGAUGCGUACAAUACACCCUUGUGGCGGGGCCCUUCCCCGGACACUGCGCAUAGUGGUAGCUUCAGUUCACUGGGCUGCCCUUUUUUUUUUUUUCUUUCCUAUCUAAGAGUGUGGUCAAAAGGUUACUUUUCCUUCCCCAAAAUUUACUUGAUUAUAGCAUCAAUUCAUCAUUUAUUUCCUUGUUUUUUGGAUUUUUUUUUUCCCUGUAUUCUUUGCAUCAUGAAAAGUAUGAAUUGCUUUUUGACAGUAAAGUAAUAUAGUUAAUUACCUGCAAUUAGCUA